CGGAAAUAUAUCGUUGUGGCCAAUCAGGUGCAGGGGGGCGGGGCUACGCUGAGGUAGUGAACGGGCGACGCGAGGCGCCGCCUUAUUGUGGUUCAGAGGACUGGGAGAGAGACUUAAAAUGAACAGAAUACGGAUCCACGUUUUGCCCUCGAGUCGUAAUCGGGUGACCCAGACUCCGCGGCCCCAGGAGCCCCAGACCUGCGCAUUCACGCAGCGACCGUGCUCUCAGCCGCGUCUGGAAGGCCUGGAGUUCUGCAUCAAACACAUUCUGGAGGACAAGAACGCACCAUACAAGCAGUGUAGCUACGUCUCUGCCAAGAAUGGCAAACGUUGCCCCAACGCUGCUCCAAAGGCUGAAAAGAAAGAUGGAGUAACAUUCUGUGCAGAGCACGCUCGCAGGAACACGGUGGCUCUCCGAGCUCAGAUAAGAAAGGCUUCGUCAAGUCCGUCCCCAGAGUCUCUGUUAUCUCAGCUCAGCAGCUACAACCGUGCAGAGACACACAGUCUGGAUGGAGGACACUCUGAAGCUAGCCGCAUUCUAGAUGAGGACAGUCUCAGUGAGGAAGAAGAGGGACCCAUAGUUCUUGACCAGACAUGGAGAGGAGACCCUGACAGCGAGCCUGACAGUGUUGACAGUGAUCACGAGGAUCCUCUUAAACAUGCAGGGAUUUACACGGCAGAAGAAGUGGCACUGAUAACUCGAGAGAAACUCAUUAGGCUGCAGUCCCUCUACAUUGACCAGUUCAAACACCUGCAGCACCUGCUCAAGGAGAAAAAGCGCAGAUAUCUACACAACCGCAAAGUGGAACAUGAAUCUCUAGGGAGCAGUCUGCUGACAGGGCCUGAAGGGUUGUCCAUGAAGGAGAGGGAGAACCUGAAGAAACUCAAAGCUCUGCGUCGAUAUCGUCGUCGGUACGGUGUAGAGGCCCUGCUGCACCGACAGCUCAGGGAGAGAAGACAGGCGGUGACGGAGGGAGCUCCUCAGCUUCACACCAGGACAGUCAGUGAAAAAUGCGUUUCCUUUGUGGAGGGAACCAGAUGUACUAAUCCUUGCCUUCCCAUGGCCCGACACUGUCUUUCACACAUCUACCAGGACAACAAUCAGGUGCUCUUUAAAAUCUGUGCAGGGCUUAAAGAUGUUCCAUGUAACCACACUGUGCAUAUGGGUCAGUCGGAUGAUCCUCGCUGCCCGCUGCACCUCACCCUGCCUCCACCCAUGUACCAGCCGGAGCAGGAGCCUCCACAGCAGGAGCAGUUCACCCCUGCAAGCAAAGACAUGUAUCUGAGCGCAGCGGAGCUCCAGCCCACAGAGAGCCUCCCCCUGGAGUUCAGCGACGACCUGGAUGUGGAAGGGGAUGGUAUGCAGGGUCCUCCGUCCCCUCUGCAGUUUGACACGGCGCUUGCACUGGAAGACCAGACUAUUAGAGCCAUCGCUGAGGCCCCGAUGGACAUCCUGACCGGAGAGGACCCGGAUCAGGACCUGGACGCCUCCGGACACGAGCUCUCAGAGAGAGAUGUGGAUGCCAUCAUGGAUGACCAGAGUGAAUUCAGCAUACAACAGCCUCAAACUGCAGACCUCGCCAAAGGAACUCAACAACAAUAAAGACCCCUGGUGGUGUCAGAGGUGGCUGGAGGGGAAGAGGAUUCCAGCGACAGUUUGAUUCCAGACACCAGCACUGCUGCAGCAGACGCUCCUCCAUGACCUUGCUCCUUCAUGUCUCAUUAGAAUCCCAACUGAAUCACAGUGUCAUAUGGUGCUCUGAU